AUGUUAAGUGAUACAUCAAACGAACUCCUAGUGCUCUGUGAGUGCAGCGGAACAGUAACCGAUUCAAAUGUUCCCCCCGAAAUCCCCCCAGAAGAGGGAGUGAAAGCAUGGCCAAUCUACAUUGUGCCUGAGGAGCGAGACGUAAAUGACGAGUUCAACGCUAAACUGCACGCGCUGCUCCAAGCUGAGGGCAAGUCAAUGGGAGAUAUGAGGGCCCUAUUCUCCGAACCAGAGCCAGCCCCCUCUUCCGCGGAGUCCAUCAUCCGUGCUGUUGGUGACCUGCUAGACAAAACAUCAAAGCCCCCGUCAGAGAGUAGAGGAUACCGACGCCUGCGCACCUUCUCCGGUACUGUGCCCACCCCAGCAGGGGAAGAGUCGUUCGACCACUGGAUGGAGCAGGCCUACCUGAUGGUGGAGGAGAGUGACUGUGCGCCCAAAGAGAAGCGGAGAAGAAUAAUGGAAAGUCUAAAGGGGCAGGCACUGGAAGUAGUGAGGGCUGUGCGCUUAUCCGAACCCGACAUCACUCCAGAAAAAUGCUCGGAAGCUCUGGAAAGUGCGUUUGGACUAGCAGAGUCAGGAGAUGAUCUCUACUUCGCGUUCAGACUGCAGCGCCAACAAUAUGGAGAGAAGCUGUCCGAUUUCCUAAGGCAACUGGAGCGCACUCUGUCCAAAGUGGUGCAACGAGGCGGCCUCCCGGCCAGCAACAUGGAUCGAGCUCGAGUGGUACAACUGCUUAAAGGAGCAGUGGAUGCUGACCUGAUGAUGAUCCAGCUGCGGCUGAGGGAACGGAGGGAUAACCCGCCCACGUUCCUGGAUCUGCUGCGAGAGAUCCGCACAGAAGAAGAGUAUGAAGCCUCCAGAGCUAAGCUAACUCAGUCGACAGUGCGCAGUGCGAAACCCGACAACAAUCUGUCAGAGAUCCAAAGCCUGAGAGCAGAGAUAAAGGAAAUUAAAUCAAUGUUCGCUGCACUGGCUACAGAUCCUCACCAAGUCAAAGAAGGAAGGGGAGAGAAACCAGCACCAGUCACAGAGGCUAGGCAUGAUCCUGAAGUUGUCACUUUGAGGAAGCAGGUGCAACACCUGACACAGAAAAUGAACUUAAAACAGUUCCAUGCCACUGCAACCCAAUCGACUGUGAUGGCGGUCGGCAGCACUCCCACUGUUCCAAACACCCCUACCAGACCAGCCGCCGACUCCAAGGAGUACAUAUGUUACCGUUGUGGAGAGAGUGGACAUGUUACAGCAAGGUGCAAAAACCCUGAGAACCAGAGCAAAGUCAUCCAGAAGCUAAUUGGAGCUCUAAAGAACGGCCAGAGUAACAACUCAGUCUUCCCAUCCUGCUACUAG